AAUUACAGCAUGAACUUUACUACUUUUUCAAAUAAAGAAAAAAAAAAAAAACGGGUUUCUUUUUUAAACUCCCGUCUUUCUCUUUCUCUUUUCGUUAUUACUUUUUUUUUUUUUUUUCCUUAAUUCAUUCUUUACCCAAUUCAUAUUAAUAAUGCCGACAAAGACAGUAUUUAUUGACUCUGAUAAAGCUAGUAUUGAAGUUCGACUUGGGUAUACUAAAAGCACUACAACAACUGCCCCUGCCAUUAUCAUAUCUCAUCCUUAUGGUCCACUUGGUGGUAAUAUAUAUAAUAAUGUCGUUAUGGCUUUACAGAAAUCUUUGAUGAAUAAAGGUUUUACUACUGCUAGUCUCAACUUCAGGGGUUGUGGAAAUUCAACUGGAAAGACAAGCUGGACUGGUCUACCUGAACAAAAGGAUUAUCAAGCAGUAGUAAAUUAUCUAUUGACAAACAAUGAUAUUAGACAAGAUUAUCCUACAAUAUCUCAUUUGGUGAUAUGUGGAUAUUCUUAUGGAAGCAUGAUUGCAGCUAGUAUUCGUGAAUCAAGGGUACCUACUUCUUAUGUUUUAAUCAGUUAUCCUUUACGUGUUAUUUGGGCAUUAUCAACAACAAAAAUGUUUUAUUUCAAAUCUCAAGCCAAUCAGCUAUUACAAUCAUCAUCAUGCCCUGUGUUACUGAUUUAUGGAGAUCAAGAUCAAUUUACUGGAAUACGCGCUUAUCGAUCAUGGUUAUCAACAAUUACUUCCGAUAAAGUGGAUAAUAGAGUCAUCAAGGAUAGUGAUCACUUUUGGAUGGAUAAUGAAAAUCAGUUGAUAGAUGAAAUUCAUUCAUGGUUAUCUGUAACAAUACAACAAUAAAAAGAAAUUCCAACAUACAACCUUUCCAAACUCCGGCUUUUUCUUUUCUUUUCUAUUCUUUUUUUUUUAAUCUUUCAUCUUUGGUUACUUUUUUUUUCCCACGGAACUUUGGGAAAUAUGGUGACCAGUUAUAUUACUCGAACAGCUUCUUUUUCAGCGGCUCAUAGGUUACAUUCUACACAUUUAACUG